AUCGCGGCGGAGUGGAGCGAGUGCAGCGGCGGAGAGGGCAGGGAGGCACCGCGCGGUGGACGCCUCCGUCACGGUUUUCCGGACGGGUCAGCCUUGUGAGAAGGCUGGCGACCCCGUCAACGUGUUCGACGACGGGCAACCGCUGCGAUCGGAACGUCACCGGAGCCUACUGCUGACGUCAUUCGGCGGUGAAUCGCCGGCAGCGAUGACGUCACCAGCGUGGCGCAGCUUGACCAGCGAGGAGCUGGAGCGGCAGUACUCGCCGUCGGCCUGGGUGCGACGCGUGGCGCCCUCCGAGGUGGUGCGGCAGUUUGUGGAGGCUCUAACUGCGCAGAGCCAGAGGGCGCGCCGAUCGCUGCCGUGCGACCUGGGCCUACGGUACGGACCGGGGCCGGAGCAGAGAUACAACGUGCUCGGGACCGAUGUACCGGACAAUGCCCCGCUCGCGGUCUUCAUCCACGGAGGAUUCUGGCAGAUGAUGGACCUGGACUCAUCAGAUGGCGUGGCGCUCGGCUUCCGCCAGUUGGACUGGAGGACGGCCACCGUCGGCUACGAUCUGGCGCCGGCCGUCAGCCUGGAGCAGAUCGAGCGCCAGGCGCUGGCUCUCCGUCAGCGCAGCCGCGCGCUCCUGCUGUUCGGCCACUCGGCUGGCGCGCAGCUCGCCGCCGCCAUGCUCGCCGAUUGGUCGACGCUGCCGGCUGCCCAGCGCCCAUUGGUCGGCGCGGCCGUCUACGUGUCAGGCGUGUUCGACCUCGAGCCGCUGCUGUCGACGACGGUGAACGCCGCGCUGCGAUUGGACGCCGCCGGCGCGCGACGCCACAGCCCGCUGCGCCAGUGCGCCACUCUCGCCGCGCUGCCGGAGUUCCGCCACGUGGUGCUGGUGGGCGAGCACGACUCGCCAGAGUUCGUGCGCCAGACGCGGGAGUUCGCGGCCGGCCUGCGGCAGGCGGGCUGCAGAGCGGUGGACCACGUGGUGGCGGGGCGCGACCACUUCGAUGUCUGCGAGGCGCUGGCGGACGCCGGGUCGGACGUGAUGAAGGUCGUGCAGCAGCAGCUGGCGGACGUGCUCGCCGUGUGAUGAUAGAUGGUGGAAUGAUGGGCUGGUGGGAUGAUGGGAUGAUGGGAUGAUAGGAUGAUGGUCAUCUGGAUGUCAGGAUUAGAUGGCGAAAGCGGAGGAGCGCAGGGGUUUAGUUGCCUGUUUUUUUUGGGGGGGGCGCCUCGGCCCCCGACUGAGAGAAGUGAUUCGAAACCGGGGAGAAACUCCUUUUCAAUGUGUUUUGAAAAACGUGCAGAGAUUUCUCUUUGCUCAGCCCCCCCCCCCCCCGAAUUAUUUUGCGAAAACACACCCACGGGGCAGCGGGCGGCCCCCCCUCAAUCCUGUUAAGAUAUAGCAUGAAUCUUCUGAAGGUGUUUGGGAAGAACUUACGUGACAAUCGCACUACCCCACCCCCAGGGCCACCCGUACCAACUUUUCAGAUCAUUUUACGUUUCUCGGUAACGUUCUUCCAAUCACAAUGACGGACACCUGCUCUCAACCACGGAUGGCCUGAUUGCCCGGACCAUCGUCCCGGUCUGAUGUGCUAGCGUGAGCAUACAGAGCCUCAGUCCGAUCACUCUCCCGCCGUCGUCAGCUGCUAUCGGGUUCUGAGAAGGACUUGAUAACGUCUUUAACGUCUUCGAUAACGUCGAUAACGUCUUUAACGUCUUCGAUAACGUCGAUAACGUCUUCAGCUGGGACGGAUCACAACCAGAGUUGUCUCACUGUAAUUGCGGGGAAAAUUUUGAUUCUGAGAAGGAGAGUGCGGUCGCAGCUCAUCAGCGACUGAGGGCGAACAGCCUGCCGGCAUCCUCAGAACUCAGGUGGCGCCUUGUGUCGGCCGAAGACAUAACCGGCCGAAGCGCUGUAUGCACAUACGUACACACCGGACGAGGACGUCUGUCCGAACAACUACCCAUCCGCCAUAUUAACACCUCGUCCCAGUAACCGCGAACAACUGGAAUCUGCGCAUAAUAAUGGCCUGGCUCUGCUCACAAUAAUGGCCUCAGUACGGAAAUAAUGGCCUCGGCUUGAGGAAGGCCAACUAGACAUGAUCUGACAGCCUGAGCGUGGUCACUCGUAUUAUAGCGACCACCUGGUGUGGAUGUCGCCAGCGUCGUAAUGAUAAAUGUGGUCUGUGUGUCACCUCUGGUAGCCUAUGUGUCACCAGGAUGACCUACGUGUCACCAGGGUGAGCUGUGUCACCAAGGUGGCGUACGUGUCACCGGGGUGGCCUGGGUGCCACCAGGGUGACCUGUGCGCCACCGGGCAGCAUGGCAUGGAGACCGUACCAUCGGGACUAGAUGCCUUUGCGGAAUGACCGGUGGGAUGACGCCUGGUGUGGUGUGCUCUACCAUCGGGGCGGGGUGCCUUUGCGGGAUGACCGGUGGGAUAGCGCCUGGUUUAAUGUGCUCCCCGGAGUUACAGCGAGCUGAGUUGGUGCGGUUUACGAUGGAAUGGUGUGAUAAGCCCAGUGCUCUCUGGUGUGGGGUGGCAGCGAGGACCAGGUCAUCA